AUGUCUUGUCCUCGCACUCGUCGUAAUGCAGUCAGUGGAAAUGACGCCAAAUUCAACACCCCCUGCGACACAGCCAUUGAACCUACUGGUCAUCAUCGAUCAGGACAUGGUAGCUGGUCUAGCUUUACCCCACACCUAGCCAGUAAAUGGUUUUCUCGGAUCAGACAUCGAUCCUGUUCAUCAGGCUCAGGAUCAGUGGUCGGCCCAAGUAGCAAUCCAACCGUAGAAAAGUCAGAAGAAAAGAAUUUAUUUGAAUGGAAUGAUUUUGAACGCCACUUUGAGAUAGCACAAACAGAGAUUGCUUAUGCUGUAGAAUCCCAUGGAUCGAUUUACUAUGAAGAAGAUCAUAUCACUGCACAGACUGCAGUCAACGCAUGUGUCGACAAGUACCUUUCUCUCCAACAGGAGCAUUCGGACACAUCACCAGCAGAUGCUCGAUGGGCAGGAGAACUUUUACGCCUAAGAGCUCAGUUAGAGCAUCUCCCAGUACCAUGA